UAGAGGAGAAAGGGCUGGAUGGGAAAGAUAGACAGAGGGAGGGAUACAGACAACCGAUAAAGAAACGCACUGAGAGCAACAGUGGUAAAGCAAGGCUACAGACGGAGACAGAGAUAAGGUCUGGAUAUAAAUGCUCAGUCCACCAGCUGGGGAAUAAUAACUGCAGCAAGUGACUGGAGGAUACAGAGAAAGGGGGAAGCAGAGAGAAGAUGGAUGUACAAACAGAGAACAUGGACCCCCCGCCUUGUGAAUCCCAGUCGAGUGGAAAAAUCAGAAAAGGAUUCAAGCUGUUUGGCAAACGCAAGCCAGGUAACAUUUUUUCUAUUCGUGGCAAAGGGGAUGGGAACAACAAGUCACCUGUUAUCAGGAGCAAAACCAGUGAUGGAUUAUCUGAGACUGCUGCACCAGAUUCAGAGCAGGAGCCAGACAAGGAAAAGGCACAGGAGGUGAGUCAAGGAGAGAGGGAGCAGGCAGAAGAGGAGGCUCUCGGUGAAGAUGGCGUUAUGGCUGCAGCCCCAGCUCGUGCCUCCAUUUCUUCAGCCAGCUCAGCCAAGUCCCUCAGCUUCCUGUCGCUGCUGAGGGGUGGUCGGAGAGGAGUGGGGGACCGCAGGGUUCACACCGUGUCCCAGCCUGUGGGUCGGCACCGUCGUGGGCUGAAGGGUCUGUUUGGCAAUGUUAAGUUUAAAUCAAAAGAUAAAGAGGAGAAGGAGGAAGCCCCUCCGAGCCCACUUCUCAUGUCGUCCCGUGCCAACAGUGUGGAAAUCAUCAAAGAGGACCUCACCCUCACCCCCAAAUCCCAUCCUCGCUCUCUGGACAGCCCAGAGACUGAGAGCUAUGAGCCUGAAAAGAGCUUUGCAACACAGGACAGUGAAGCUACGUCCCCAUCAGAGACCUCAACUCCCCAGGUGACGGCAGGCGAUGUGAGUAGAACUGAUGAGCAUGUGCCGCCUUUACCCACCUCUGAACCACCCUUGGUACCCGGGGAUAACAGCCUGAGCUGCCUGCUGGCAGACAUCUCCUCUCUCCUGACCUUUGACUCAAUCACAGGGGGUGGAGACAUUAUGGCUGAUGUGGAGGCAGAGUGGGGAAAAGCGAGCAGUCCUGUGAGUGCUGCGGGGACUGAAGUCACGCCAUCAUCCACAUCUCUCUUCUCCAAACCCACCAUCUCAUCUCCACCGACCUCUGCCUUCAUCAACACAGCUGCUACGGCAAAACCCUCUCCUGUAGCCGUCCCCACAACAACCUCUACCCAAUCCUUUACUCCUCUGACAAAGACAACUGCAACCUCUUCUCCCAAGCCAAGCUCCAUCAUCACGACGUUGACCAAAUCUUCCACUUUGACGACUCAGUCAGUCAAACUGAGUUCGGACUCUACUCCAGCCCCUGAGCCUUCUGCUAGCGUAAAAAUUAAAUCAACUCCUUCGCCCAUUGCAACGAGAACCUCAACUACCCCUGUAACGUUAACAAGCCUUUCGGCUCCAAUAAUGGCUCCUCCUUCCAUGACCGUUAAAUCCACACUGAGCAUCACCUCUGCUUCUUCAACAGCUCCUCCGAACACACCUGCCACUGUAGUAAAGGCUCCCUCAGCUAGUCCAACUCUUACCAGUACGGCUAGCAAAUUGGCUUCAGAGGUGAUCGCAGCACCUCCUCAAGUUGUUGCUUCAGUAAGUAAACCUAUCCCUGUUGUGACUCCAACAACUACAUCAGCUAAACCUCCACCAGUAACCCAUAGCCCUCCCACAGCUGUUGCUUUUACCCAGCCUCCACCUGUUAAACUGGAUUCAGCUAGCAGCUUGAACCUGCAAACUUCCACUUCCUACAAACCUUCCCUGAGUUCAGCUGCAGGAGAAUCUAAAGCCCCAGUGACAGUAUCACCAGCCAGUGCUGUUACAACUAAACCCCCCUCUCCUCCACCCUCUAAGAUGACAACGGUUCCCACAUCAACUACGACCUCAGGCUCGGUAUCUGCGGCCCUCUCCAAACCAUCACUUACCUCUAGCCCAGUGGACUUAAGUAAGCCCUCUUCCACUCUUGUAAGUGUUCCAGAUGUUCCUUCCUCUACUCUGACUGCCACAACUAAAACCCAACCCAGCCCUGCAUCUGUCCCAACGCCAUCUUUAACUUCUUUAGAUAAGGUUCCUCCCACGACUAAACCCACUCCUGCACCAGUGUCUUUAGAUAAGACACCCCCUGCUCCCACACCAACCCCAACCACUCAUGCUGUUGUUUCUACAGCAUCCGCAACACCUCCUCCCACAGGUCAGACCCCAGUCUCUCAAUCUAAAGCCCCUCCUGCUCAGAUCCCAGUUUCUGUACCAAAAGAUCCAACUGCUCCAGCUUUGAUCUCAAUUACUCAGUCUAAAGCUCCUCCUGCUCAGAUCCCAGUUUCUGUACCGAAAGAACCACCUGCUCAAAUGCAAGUCUUUCAGUCUAAAGCCCCUCCGGCUCCGGCUCAGAUCCCAAAUUCUGUACCUAAAGAAACACCUGCUCCUGCUCAAAUUCAAGUUUCUCAAUCUAAAGCCCCUCCUGCAUCUGCUCAGAUCCCAGUUUCUGUAGCUAAACCUCCUCCUGCUCCUGUUCAGAUCCCAGUUUCUGUAGCUAAAGCCCCUCCUGCUCCUGUUCAAAUUCCAGUUUCUGUAGCUAAACCUCCUCCUGCUCCUGCUCAGAUCCCAGUUUCUGUAGCUAAACCCCCUCCUGCUCCUGCUCAAAUUCCAGUUUCUGUAGUUAAAGAUCCACCUGCUCCUGCUCAGAUCCCAGUUUCUCAAUCUAAAGCCCCUCCUGUAACAACUCCUGCCACUUGCCCUGUACCCUCUCCUUCCUCUCCUCCUUCACCUUGUCUGAGUGAGGCUGCUAAGAUGAUAGGAAGUGGACAGGCAUCAGUAGAUGGGCAACUGACUAGUUCAAGUGGCACGGGUGCCCAGGGGGCCCAGACUGUGCUGCCUAAAACAGAAGAACUGUAUACUGAGACACGAACGAGCGUCCAGGGCCCCCCCAGAGAAAGAAAGAUACCACAAGCUAAACCAUCGGGACUUAGCAAAAUACCUGUAGUUGGAGGGGGCAGAGCAGCCAAAAUACCUGUCCGGGACAGUCAGCAUGAUGAUGAAGCAAGCAGGGAUCCACCUACUCCUGAAGACGACAGGCCCCAUUUCAACUCACAUGGUGCAGGGAGCAGAGAUAAAAUCAGUGAUGUUGAGGCUAAUGUGCCCACCUCAAAACACGCCCAGGAGGAGAGUCAGCAGCUUCCCCAGCCGAAAGUCCUCACCAGUUUACCGCGUGACUCAAAGAUCCCUGUGAAGCAUGGCGCACAGUCUCACGCAGCCUCCCAAAUCCCUCAAGCUAAAGAGCCCGCUCGCACUAAGAUACCAGUGUCCAAGGUUCCUGUCCGCAGGUCUGGCACUAAACCUGCAGCUGCAGGCGGCAGCACCCAGUUAAGAAAAUAAAACAAUGGACUGAACCGACCAACAAUACAGAUUAUGGCUUUGACUGCAACUUUUUUUCCAAUAUUACUACAUGACCACCCUUUUUUAAUUAACGUUUCUAGACUGUAAUUCUUGGCUUCACAACAACAUAAGCAACAGUAACAAAGUCAAGGAGGCUGACAGCACUCAAGCACAAAACAUCUCCACAAGGAGCCAAAGCAACAAGCCUGGCUCUUUGGUGCUGAGCCAACUGGACAUGCACUCAGGAAAGGUUCGGGGUCACACCUGAACACACAGCAGCAUCGGGAACUAAGGAUAAGCAAGAAAAAAGGUCUUCUGGGAACACAGUCACACACACACAACACGGGCGAGUGCCUUUUUAAGGGUGCUUUUUCCGACAGACUUUCAGAAUUAAUCUUUUCUACAGUACUUUUAACUUUUGUUACUCCCACUUUUUGUAGGAACGGUCAACUCUUUUUUGUCUUUCUUUCCAGCGAGUCUUUGAUAAUAACCAGUCCCUUUACUCUUUAUUUAUGUCAGGAGAAGAACAGCAGGAGCUCUAUAAAUUAAUGCAACAACCAAAUUUACAUUCCACACCUAUCUCUGGAUGUAUGUAGCAUAAAACGUGCCAUUAAUUUUUUGCACAACAUGUUGAACUGUACAGCGCCUGUGUGUCCGCCUGCUCAUAUGUAACAUGAUCAGAUCUCACUGUGAACUAUGGGGAAGACUGGUUUUUAUGGGAGGAGUGGAAAUAAUUGCUCCCAGUGUAAUGGACAGCAGCCAUUAUGAAUGGCACUAUGGACAGAGAGGAUACUGAGAUGAGAUCUCUCGUACACUGGCACGUCCUAAUCUUUAUCCCACUUAUACUCAGAUGAGAACAAUAUCUCUGUGUAUAGUCUCAUCUAUGUUGUUCUGUUUCCUAUUUAAUCAAUAAAACAAUAUAAGUACUUUGCAAGAUGA